GUUCACAAACUUUUCAAUCCAGUUAUGCACUUAAAGAAAUGUUAUUUAAAACUUCCUUGUUUCGGCGACCAUCUUGAAUAUUGAAAAUGAGACUAUUUCGUGUAAACUAUUCGGGGUGCCAUAGGAAAUAAACAUUUUGUAAUAACAAUUUGUACAGUACUGUAAUUGUUUCACCUGGAUAUUGACACCAAAGGUGUGGUCGAAAUUACAAAUAUAAACAUUGCCAUUCUGUCAGUUUUCGACACUCGGAUGACAGCUAUGAGAACUGCACAUAAUAUUGCCUUGUUGGUGAUUUUUGUGUCACUAACAAGGACGUGUUAUGGAAUUGGAGAAAAUUGCACUGUGGGGAACUGUUCUGGUCCUGUAGAGAUUUGUGUUGAGGGCAACUGUGCAUGUGACUCCAGCACCCACUACCAAGCUCAAGAAGGAACACAAUGUUCAGCGAAGGGCACCUCCAUAGGUGGAGCAUGUACAGUGCCUGGUAUCGGUUCAAUUGGCUCCGCCUGUAGUGCCUCAAAUUCACAAUGUACAGGGUCCAGUGGUGAGGGUCAAGGAACUUGUUCUUGCUUGAGUGAAAAUUACCAGUCCGCCACAAACGUUUGCAGUCCAAGAGGGGACUACAGGCUUACAACCCAUCAGUCUGUCCGUCUGUCUGUCUUGUCUGUCUGCCCGUCAGGAAAAAAGGGCACCUCCAUAGGUGGAGCAUGUACAGUGCCUGGGAUUGGUUCAAUUGGCUCCGCCUGUAGUGCCUCAAAUUCACAAUGUACAAGGUCCAGUGGUGAGGGUCAAGGAACUUGUUCUUGCUUGAGUGGAAAUUACCAGUCCGCCACAAACGUUUGCAGUCCAAGAGGGGACUAUAGGCUUACAACACAUCAGUCUGUCCGUCUGUCUGUCUGCCCGUCAGGAAAAAAGGGCACCUCCAUAGGUGGAGCAUGUACAGUGCCUGGUAUCGGUUCAGUUGGCCCCGCCUGUAGUGCCUCAAAUUCACAAUGUACAGGGUCCAGUGGUGAGGGUCAAGGAACUUGUUCUUGCUUGAGUGGAAAUUACCAGUCCGCCACAAACGUUUGCAGUCCAAGAGGGGACUAUAGGCUUACAACCCAUCAGUCUGUCCGUCUGUCUGUCUUGUCUGUCUGCCCGUCAGGAAAAAAGGGCACCUCCAUAGGUGGAGCAUGUACAGUGCCUGGUAUCGGUUCAUUUGGCCCCGCCUGUAGUGCCUCAAAUUCACAAUGUACAGGGUCCAGUGGUGAGGGUCAAGGAACUUGUUCUUGCUUGAGUGAAAAUUACCAGUCCGCCACAAACGUUUGCAGUCCAAGAGGGGACUACAGGCUUACAACACAUCAGUCUGUCCGUCUGUCUGUCUUGUCUGUCUGCCCGUCAGGAAAAAAGGGCACCUCCAUAGGUGGAGCAUGUACAGUGCCUGGGAUUGGUUCAAUUGGCUCCGCCUGUAGUGCCUCAAAUUCACAAUGUACAGGGUCCAGUGGUGAGGGUCAAGGAACUUGUUCUUGCUUGAGUGGAAAUUACCAGUCCGCCACAAACGUUUGCAGUCCAAGAGGGGACUAUAGGCUUACAACACAUCAGUCUGUCCGUCUGUCUGUCUGCCCGUCAGGAAAAAAGGGCACCUCCAUAGGUGGAGCAUGUACAGUGCCUGGUAUCGAUUCAGUUGGCCCCGCCUGUAGUGCCUCAAAUUCACAAUGUACAGGGUCCAGUGGUGAGGGUCAAGGAACUUGUUCUUGCUUGAGUGGAAAUUACCAGUCCGCCACAAACGUUUGCAGUCCAAGAGGGGACUACAGGCUUACAACCCAUCAGUCUGUCCGUCUGUCUGUCUUGUCUGUCUGCCCGUCAGGAAAAAAGGGCACCUCCAUAGGUGGAGCAUGUACAGUGCCUGGGAUCGGUUCAAUUGGCUCCGCCUGUAGUGCCUCAAAUUCACAAUGUACAGGGUCCAGUGGUGAGGGUCAAGGAACUUGUUCUUGCUUGAGUGGAAAUUACCAGUCCGCCACAAACGUUUGCAGUCCAAGAGGGGACUAUAGGCUUACAACACAUCAGUCUGUCCGUCUGUCUGUCUGCCCGUCAGGAAAAAAGGGCACCUCCAUAGGUGGAGCAUGUACAGUGCCUGGUAUCGGUUCAGUUGGCCCCGCCUGUAGUGCCUCAAAUUCACAAUGUACAGGGUCCAGUGGUGAGGGUCAAGGAACUUGUUCUUGCUUGAGUGGAAAUUACCAGUCCGCCACAAACGUUUGCAGUCCAAUCGGCACCUCCAUAGGAGGAUCUUGUACAGUGCCUGCCAGCACCGGUUCAAGUGGCUCCCCCUGUAGUUCCCCUGCCUCACAAUGUACAGGGUCUAGUGGCGAGGGUCUUGGAAAGUGUUCUUGCUCGGAUCAAAAUUACCAGUCUGCCACAAACAUGUGCAGUCCAAUUGGCACCACCAUAGGAGGGUCCUGUACAAAACCUGGCACCGGCUCAAUUGGCUCCGCCUGUAGUGCCCCAGCCUCACAAUGUACAGGGUCUAGUGGCGAGGGUGCUGGAAGGUGUUCUUGCUUGAGUGGAAACUACCAGUCGGCCACAAAUGUGUGCAGUACAAUUGGCACCACCAUAGGAGGGUCCUGUACACAACCUGGCACCGGCUCAAGUGGCUCCGCCUGUAGUGUCCAAAACUCACAAUGUACAGGGUCCAUUGGCGAGGGUCUUGGAAAGUGUUCUUGCUCGGAUCAAAAUUACCAGUCUGCCACAAACAUGUGCAGUCCAAUUGGCACCUCCAUAGGGGUCUCAUGUACAAAACCUAGCAGUGGCUCAAUUGGCUCCCCCUGUAGUGCCCCUGCCUCACAAUGUACAGGGACCAGUGGCGAGGGUGCUGGAACGUGUUCUUGCUUGAGUGGAUAUUACCCGUCGGCUACAAACGUGUGCAGUACAAUUGGCACCUCCAUAGGGGCCUCAUGUACAAAACCUAGCAGUGGCUCAAGUGGCAACCCCUGUAGUGCCACAAACUCACAAUGUACAGGGUCCAGUGGCGAGGGUGCUGGAAAGUGUUCUUGUUUGUAUCAAUAUUACCAGUCUGUCACAAAUGUGUGCAGUCCACAGGUGGGCCUCGGUUCCCAGUGCACCAUGAAAUCAGCAUGUUUAAAUGAAAACUCUGACUGCCUUGGACAUCAGUCUGGUAGUGGAUCAACUUGUCAGUGUACAAGCGACUAUUUUGACACAAACACCGUGGACAAUAUUCAGGGAUUGUGUAUCAGAAAAAUUACAUUGGAUAGUCGGUGUGACACUUCUCAUAGCAAUUUGGCCCAGUGUGCUGCUGACAAUGCUAUAUGUGACUCCAGAUAUAGUUAUGCUUGCAAAUGCAGAUAUGGCUAUUAUGUUGAUCCCAGCAAUCCAGCAAGAUGUAAAGCAAGACAACCAUUGGGUGGAGUCUGUCAGUACAAUACUGAUUGUACAGACCCCAAUGCAGAGUGUUCGAGCUCCAAAUGUAGGUGCGUUGAUGGAUUUUAUGACACAAAUGGGAUUGACAUGGAUGGAACUUGCAAAUCAGUUGCUGAAUUGCGUGUGACCAACAUAAACUUCCAAGGUAUCAGUACCUCACAGUUUUCUGUCAACUGGGACAUACCAGAUGGGAAAGCACAAUACAUUCAGACGUUUGUUGUGGAGUGGAUGCCAAAGGACAAUACUUUGCGAGAUGGAGGAACUAAGACACUAUCUGACUCAACUACUACAGCCCUGCUUGAUAGUGGAAUAAGUGCAGGAAAAAGCUACACUGUGAAAAUAACUUCUAUAAAUUCUCAACUGGGAGUGAACAGAUCAGUUUUUUCAUCCGCUGAUCAGGAUGCAAAACCAAAUCCACCUACAUGGAAGGAAGCCACUGAUGUAAAUCCUGCAAAUGACCACUCAAUAACAGUGUCAUGGAAUGCUCCAUCAGGAAGUGUCUAUGGUUAUCAAGUGAGUUUGGUUGAUGGAACAACAACAGUCCUAUCAACAGCAGUAUUGCAGUCAACUUCUACCAAACUUGUUUCCACUCAAAUAAAAAAUGGACACAAUUACACUGUACAGAUUAUUAGCAAGAGCCAAAGCAACACUGUUGAUAGUGUUCCACUUACUGAAGUAAUAAAGACUGAAGUUAUAGAACCUGGUCCUCCGACUGGAGCCAAUUGUAAAGACGUUGCAGAUGAAUUCAUUAUAGUCAGUUGGAAUGCUCCUGCAGUACCAAAUGGAGAUCUCCGACAAUACUUUAUUCAUGUUUCUAAUACAAGUGGUCUGGUGAAAACUGUCAGUACAUACACAGUUGUAAAUGAACUUAAGGUCUCAGGUUUAGAUCCAGGGACAUACUAUACGUUCAAAAUAUACACUCAAAACGAAUUGUUCAAUUCCACUUCAUCUGAUGCUACAGACUGCCAGACUAAUGCCAAAAUGUCUGAUCCACCUGAAGAUCUCAAUGCAUCGGCAGUGUCAAGUCGAGGAUUUACCCUGUCAUGGCAAAAGCCUGUGAAUACUUACAGUGAAGAAAUACUUGGCUAUUUGUUGCAAGUCAAAGAUGGUGAAACAUGUGUGGUAGAGAGACAAUUUAAGUGUUCGGAUUGUAAUGGAUCAUAUGAUGUAGUUAAAUUGCAAGGGCUGUGUAGUACAGGUAACAUUGCUGUCAUACACAAAACCAAAGAUGAACUGAAACAACCUCUACAGUUUGAUACCAACAGCCUUUUACUACCGGACAUAACCUAUACAUCUUAUGUUGCAUUGAUCAAUGAUGUUGGUUUGGGACACAAGGCAAAUGUAUCAGAACUUACAUUUGAAGAAGAACCCCAGGCCCCGCCGGUUAAUGUGUCAGUUGAUAAUAUCAGAAAAACGUCUUUCAAUGUCUCGUGGAGUCUGAUAGGACCAAGGCCGGGCCAAGUCACGUACACGGUGAUGCUAACUGCAGACACGGGAGCAGAAUCCAAAACAUAUGUUGUUACCGGUGAUAAGCUUCACAAAACUCUGAUUGCUGAUGGACUAGAAGAGUAUUGGAACUAUACUGUGAAAGUCGCAGCAAGAACUAAUGUAGGUGAUGCUAAAACAUCAAAUACCACACAAAAAUACAGGACUCUGCCUUCAGCACCUGGAGCUGUUACUGAGUUUGAAGCAGUUAAGGCUGAGCAGCGCUCCGACAAUUUCCACAAAAUGACAAUCCGCUGGAAAGCCCCUUUAUUGUUGGAGCGCAAUAGUGUGAUAAAGGAAUAUGUGCUGAAACACAAUGUUGGAAACAUUACAACUAAUUCUGGGGUUGGUGGAGAGUUAAAGACAAUGUCCUUUACUUCGGAGACUGGCGAUGGGUUUUACAGUCAAAAGUUUGAUGUGAUUCCUGAAUCAACAUACCAUUUUGAGGUGCAUGCUGUGAACACUGAGAGUACAGAUAAUAAAGGACCAGAAACAAUGAUUGAAGAAACAGCUCCAGCUGGAUUCCCUGUCAGCAUUGAGGAAUCUGACAAAACUUUACAGGUUGUUAAAGAAGGCUCAAAAGACCAGACCUUCAUAAGUCUGAAUCUUGUGAGAGAGUUUUUCUCUGGGGAAACCAAUGGAAGAGUACGAAGGACCGCCUUACUUGGGUGUAAAAGCAGUGCAUGUCCGCAAAAAUUUCUUGAAUCUGCAGACACUCGAGAGAAAGUUGAUGCUCUGGACAACUGGCAAAAGGCUGCACAAAAUGGCCUGUAUAGGAUAACCACGGCUGACUGGCUUACAAAGAUUACUCCAGAGAGAAGGCGUCGAAGCACGUACACAAACGUCCCGUACACUGUGGGCACAGAGAGUUGUGAUGGCGUCCCGGCAGGCACAUACUGUAAUGGUCCCCUCGAGCCAGAGACGGAAUAUAUAUUUGUUGCGGUGGUCUGUACCAGCACGGGGUGUACAGUCAGCAAAAAUUAUGGGCCUUUCAUCACAGAGGCAGUUCCUCUGCCUAUCGGCAUGAUAGUGGGUAUAGUGGUUGGGAUUGCUGCAGCCUUGGUAGUCAUUGUCAUUGUACUAAUCUUCCUUCGUCGAAGAAGUAGGAACAAAGCUCCACCAAUGUCACCAAUUCCUGAUGAAGGUCUCACUGAAGUGGAGAUUGGAGAAAAGAUUCAGAGGAAAAGGCCAAUUCGACUGAGUGAGUUUGACGCGUACCUUACGAAGAUGCACAAGGAUUCCAACCUGAAGUUCUCCGAUGAAUAUGAGGACUUGAAGACCCUGAGCCCAAAACACCCAACAGUUGCUUCUGACCUGGAGGAGAACAGGGCCAAGAACAGAUACAUCAACAUCAUUCCUUUUGACCAUAGCCGUGUGAAGCUGACCACUAACGGAGAGGAUGACAAAGAUGACUACAUCAACGGAAACUAUCUACCGGGUUACCACUCCCCGCGUGAGUACAUCGGCUGUCAGGGCCCACUACCCGCCACCAUUGACGAUCACUGGAGAAUGAUCUGGGAACAGAAUGUCACCAUCAUUGUCAUGCUUACACUCUGCAAGGAGGGACAGAAGAUCAAGUGUGAGCAGUACUGGCCCGAUGAGGUUGGAGAUCCGAAACAAUACGGAGAGGUUGUCGUGGAGAUGACCUCAUACUCCAAUAUCAAGACUUACGACUUCAGAGUCUUCAAGAUACGCAACGGCAGCCAGACCCGUACGAUAAAGCACUUCCACUUCCUAACGUGGCAGGACUUCCAGGCAAACGUUAAGCACGACAUCAUCCUGAACUUCAUCCGAGACGUACGCCACCAGAUACAGCCACCUGACAAGGCUGGGCCCAUGAUCGUGCACUGCAGUGCCGGCGUUGGUCGUACAGGGACUUACCUGGCCCUCGACUACUUCAUGCAGUUCAUCGACGAACACGACUUUGACGUGGAGAUAGACAUCUUUGAAUUUGUCCUCAAGAUGAGGGACAGCAGGUUAUACAUGGUUCAGACUGAGCAACAGUAUGUGUUUAUCCAUGACUGUGUGAAGGAGAUGUUGGACAACAAGAGACUGGCCGAGAACAACCUGUACGAGAACACCGGUGGUAAUCAAGACGAGGACUUGUACCAAAACACAUCGCAACAGCUGUACGAAAAUGUGCAGUACAAUUCCUCCAAUCAGCGUACAGAGCUGUAGCUUCGAGAGAAAGGGGGCGGAGUGAGCCAUGGGAUCAAAGACAAUCCAUAUAAUUGAUGUGACACUGAAUCUUCCUCAUUAAUAUUCAUAACAGUUCAACCAAUAAAAAGAGUGCAACAUUGUGACAUACAUGGACAAUAAACAAAUUUACAUGCGGACUAGAAUUCAAUAGAUUCUCAUGUUUAAAGGAUUUUUUAAUUAAAUAUGGCUGAAGUAUAACUUCAAUUUUAGGGUCAUGUCAAUUGUUCUAGAAAAUUUGUGUUAUAUAUUCUCGGUGAUUUAUAAUUACAGCUUUAUUUUGCUUUAUUUUUGGAUUAUUUUUUUUUUCUGAAUUGCUGACAGCAUUCAGUUUUACUUGCUUGUAAAGACAUUGUUAUGUAUACAAGGGUUUUGGGUAGAAAAUAUGUUGCUUCAAUAAUGAUUUGGGGGGAUUUUUUAUAAUCUAGAUUUUGAAUAUAAUCAAAGGUUUGAUUCUUAAAAGCUAAAUUAGUAGCUCUAAAACUGCAGCCCGCCUAAGAUAAGUUGGUGUUGAGAAACAAUAAUCGUAUUGUGUUUGUUUUAUUCUGAUUAGGACUUUUUGGAAUUCCUAUUUUGCCUUGUAGAAAAAAAAUGGUUUUAAUAAUACCAAAGAAAACAUUAAAAUAAUAUGAUUAAGUUUCUUUUAUUUUAUUGUAAAGUUUGGAAAAAAAUGUGUAUUAAAUGGUAUGUUUUAUCACUGGGAAUGUGGUGAAUUUUGGCUCCAAAUUGGUCAGGAAACACAACGAAUUAGCUUCAUCUAGGGCAGAAAAGUAAAGAAAUCUAUAGAUAACACAAUUACAACAGUAUUUCAUGCUUAUAUCUUGUCAUCCUAUUACUGAGCAUACAAAAUUUUCCCACAUUUCUGGUUAUCUUGGGCGGGCUGUACGCAGAGCUUUUUUUCUCUGAAUAACACAGGCCAUGAUUACGAACUCUUUCAAGUCCAGAAUCAAGUGGCAAAACUGCAAAUCCUCAUUUCAUUGUUACUUACCUUCUAGUUGAGAAUUGAUGAUGAAAUUUGAUGAAUUUUAUUACUGCUUAUAAUUGCUCAAUUACUUCCCUUUAUUUUUUGUAAAAAAAUGAAAAAAAAAAUGGAUUUUUUUUAUGUAAUAAAGGCGCUUUUCUGAGCCUGAGUCUAGACUCAAACUUGAGACUGUUUUUGCAUCAUGGACCCAGAGGCUCGUUUUUAUUUCUUUCUAUCACAAAAAAGUAUUAGUAUUACUACAAGUUUUGUUUUUUUCAAAUUCCAUUUGACACGUAGCAUUUUAAGUAAUCAUAAUGCCUGCUAUCUGGAAAUGGUAGAUAAAAGGGCUAGAAUGCAUAAUAUUAUAAAGGUAUAAGUCUUUUCUGUCCAUUUUAUUAUUCAGUUUUGCCAAAUACCCCCUAAUGCGAAAAGGAACAUGAACAUUUGACAACUGAAUUUCUUUGCAAUUCAGGAAAAAAAAGAGUAAAAUUAUAUCAAUAAAAUUAAUUGUAACAGUUUUUAAAACAUUCAUUUGGAAAACAUCAUUUUUUUCUGUGAUAUUUUUGUAUCAAAGUCGUUAAAUGGCAACGAAUAUAAUAUUAUAUAUAAUAUUUCUACAUGUAUGUGUUUAGUUGUGAUUACCGGUUUAAACUUUUCUCUAUCUUCCAUGACAUAUCUAUAAUAUUAUUAAUAUAGAUGUAGAGAUAUUGUUAUAUCUUAAUCUUGUCCCAUAUUAUGAUUGUUGACUUUGUUUUGUAUGAAGUUUUAUAGAUACUGUUAAUAAUUAGUGGUUUAAUUAUAAUAUAUGAUUUGUUAUUAACAUGUGUUGCUAGGAAUUAAUAUAUGAGAAUUGGUAUAUAUUCGGCCGAUUGUUUGGCACUUUGUGAAAGUAAAUAAUGUGAAAAAUGAUAUCGUUGUAAACUUUUAAGCGUAAACUUAAAAAAGAACAAUUUGAAAGUUAACAAUGACAAAGACAAUGUUGUUAACUUUAAGAAACUUCUGAACAGUCGGUCCAUGGCUUACAAAACAGCGACAAGCAGAAAUAGAUAAAAUCAUAAAAAUGACAAGGGAUUGACGGGAAAUAUAUAUGAAAUCAUUGUUUCUUGUGCCUAUGGUGUAAUAUGUAUCUUAGACAAUUUGUAAUUUUUGUUUCUGUGUUUUACUGUAAUCUCAAAAAUGUACAUUAAGACCUCAUUAAUUAAAUUAAUUUAAUUAAUUAAGACCUAUUGACACGGCUCACAUUAUUACUCCAAAAACAUCCCAAAAAGAAGUAACCAAUGACAGCUGACACAAAGAAGGUUAACAGGUAGAUUUGUUUUCUGUUAAUUGUUUUUAUCAUAAAUUAUAUUAAGGCAAAUCUGGGAUGUGUCUAUUUUUAGACAAUUCUGGGAAGUGUUCGAGGGUUUUGAGAUAUUGUUUAAGACUUCAAUACUGUUUAUGCAUUCCUGAAUUAAUGUUCUUUUUGUGCAUUCCUAGCUGCUGGACAUUUUUGUGCAUUCCAAACCGUUAAACAUUUGUAAAAGUAUCUUUGUUUUUAUUUGAACUGAUAUUAUGUAUUCCAGAUUUUAUAUUUCAUUCCAUAUUCGUAGGUUAUUUAUAAUACUACUAGCUGUUAUCUGAUGUUUUUCUGUGUAAAAAAAUCUGCUGUACCAGUAGUUUAUUUAUACUCUUUAUGUAUUAAUUUUUUUUAUGAUAAUAAACUUGGAUAGAUAAUAUUUGGGAGGGGGUGGGGGAUUGGUAAGGGGGUGGGGGAGUGAGAUACACCUUAAUACUAAAUAAAUUUAAGCUGCUAUUGGGUCCAAGUUUAAGGAUUUAUAUUAUUAAAUGUCAUGGACAACCAAACGCAUUGUUUAUAUUUUGCACAAAUGUAAGGAAUUAGACUAAUCCUCUUUUAGUAAAUAUAAAUUUAAAAAAUAUCUUGAAUAUCAUCCAUAAAUUUGCACAAUAAUAUUUUUUCAGUAAAGAACUUAACAUGCUAGAAUAUAAGACCACAUUUGCUUUAAUAUUUGCUUUUACAUAGCUGGGCACAAGGGAAAAUGGCUGUCUGCACUUCGGCAAUGUUUUACAUGAUUUGAUAUCUACACAUCAUCUAAUCUUUAUACUUGUUUGUGAUGUCACGCAAUUAACUAUCAGAAUAAACUGUGUAACAAGUUUUCAUGCAAAUCAUUUAGUGCAUGGAUUUAAAUGAGCAUUGCGCUUUUCUUGUCAAUAGUUAAUUGAUUGCUUGAGUUCUGAAUUUCUAAAUCCAAAUGGUUUAGGUGAGGGGGGGGGGGGGGGGUCCACAGAAAACAGCCAUUUAGAUACAUGUUCUUAAAUCAUAGCCCCAAUUUCUUGAUAAGCCGAAGUCUCUUAAAGCAGAACAAAGCUAAGUUUAUAACAUUUUACAUAAUUUUUCCUCUUAAAGAGCUUGGAGACAUUUAAAGGAAAUUAUUUGAAAGACGAUCAUGAUUUACUCCAUCAAGUUCAAGAAAUUAAUUUGUCUGAAUGAAAUAAGUUAGUACUUCAAGUUGUUAUGCUUAACAUUUAUCAAGAAAUUGGGCCUUUAGAUUGAUCCAACAUAUGUAUCCACAUCAUAAGUUUUCAUUUAAAGGCUAUAUAGUUAAACAUAUAACCCCCGGGGGGAAGGCAAUUUUUUAAAUAGUUUAUGGUUGGGCGUCUUUUUUUGCUAUUUUGGACCUCAAAAGGGUAAAUUUACUUCUGUAGGGGGUGGCAUAAUUUAAAAGGGCCUUUGCUCCUGGGGGUUAUAUUUUUUAAAUGGAAUAGCCCUUAAAUUAUAUUCGGAUGUUUCAUUAAGAUUUAUGUGCCAUGGCAAUUUAUAUUAAUAUGGAAUACUCAACACGCAAAAGCAUAUAACCUCUUUCAUUCAGAUUUCAUUGUUUGCCUCUCUUUUAUAUCAUCAAGUAUUUAUUAAUUCUCUCCAACAUACAAAAGGAUUAAAGUAUUAAAUUGGAAAUUAUUUUUAUAUCAAUAUAUUUUUACAUUUAAUCUUAAAUAUCUGUUAUCCUAAAAGGGUAUCAUAUUUAUACAUGUCCUAUAGCUCUUUUUUGUUCUUUUUUCACAAGGAUUUUGAUAAUUUAUUUACACAUUUCUUUAGUUAUUGUAUAAUUAACAAUCAUUUCUACUAUCCAAAGUAUAUCAUAUCCAAAGCUUUAUUUAAAGACCAUAUCCAAAGCUAUUUUGCCAUAUCUGUUGUGAUUUUUCACAACCAAGCCCUUUACAGUUGAAAAUUUGCCUCUGAACACAAACUGUAGAAUUUUAUGUAAAUUGUAUAUAAUUUAAAUUAAAACUGAUACUAACUUUGUUACCUCACUUUGAAAAUGAGAUACUUAAAUGUAUAAGAUCAGAUUCCUAGAAUACGGGUCACCUUACGAUGGAGGGAACGUUUUAAAUAAUCAUAAAAUGAAGAAAUUUCAUUAAGAUAUAUUUAGUGAUUGAACAACACAGCUGAUAUAACUAGUCAGAAAUACUUAUUUGAUAAGGGCGUUAUCUUAUAAUGGCGUUUUCGUACAAUACAUAGUUUGAUAAAAAUGGCCCCUUACGAGGUAAAUGUGACUAAAAAAGAAGUGGUUGAAAAAAAUAACCUGACUAAAACAUAAUUAAUAUUUAAUAUUGUAUUAAGUUAAUGUUCAGCAUAAUUUUCUGGAACGGUGAUGGGGUAAUUUUGUGCUUACAUAUGUUCUCACUCUCACUGGUACCCGUAUUUUCAAACUGUGUGCUUUAUUAAUAAAUGUGCUAUGCAAGGCAACUUUUCCAAAUUGUUAUAGAGAAAAAUUGUAUAUUAUUUUUGUACACAAAUAUUUAUAUUUUUAUAUAUAUUUUACUGAUACAUUGUAUAGCCAGAGUUUUUUAUAUUGAUUGUUGAUAUUUUUGUCAUCUGCUGAUUACUUUUGGUGGAAAUGUGAGGAUUUUUUUUUGGUUGGUGUCAUGUUACACACAUGAUGUUAUGAAGAUUGCUUAAUCAAUAUCUGACUAUAAUUUUUCAUUGUUAAUAUUUCAUUAUUAAUGACCAUAAUUUUCAUAUCUCUGACAAGUAAAAUUUGAAAGAUGAUGUUUUUGGAGAUUAUGUGAUUUUCGUAAAUGAAUGAAACUUGGUAUACAUGUUCACUUAGGAUAUUGACAUGAAACUUGGUAUACAUGUUCACUUAGGAUAUUGACAUGAAACUUGGUAUACAUGUUCACUUAGGAUAUUGAUAUGAAACUUGGUAUACAUGUUCACUUAGGAUAUUGACAUGAAACUUGGUAUACAUGUUCACUAAGGAUAUUGACAUGAAACUUGGUAUACAUGUUCACUUAAGAUAUUCACAUGAAACUUUGUAUACAUGUUUUGGUAUACAUGUUAAGAAUGGCAGUACACAUGUACUGAACAAGGUUUUUACUCUGCCAAAAUAAUCAGAGUUGGCCCCUUAAUUCAACUGAUAAAUGGCUAAAUCUGCUUGGCAUGUUAUUUUUGUAACAUGUAGCAACAGACUCAUCUUGUAGAUUUAAGUAAGUCUUAGACUGAUUGAAUCACUUAAGGAAGAUGACAAACAUUCAAAUAAAAUCCUUACGUUUCCAUAUUAAUUACGAUUUAUCCUUAUAAUAGCCAUCAUAAUCAAUAGCAUUUGUGUUUGCAUACAAAUCGUAUAUUACCCAUUAAGCUAUGUCUGUGUUUGUGUUUCAAACAUUUGCUACAAAGUCUAUUUUUGGGCUGAAGUGCUUGUGAUUGUAAGUCUUCUGUACCAUUAUGUUAUUAUUACUUUGUGUAAUAUCUAUUUGUUUAGAGAUGAGGAGCGGGUUUUGACCAGUCGAUUAUCGACGAAAUUGACAGAGUCAACCAUGUUUGCCAAUUAAUAAGGACAAAAAAUGUUUAAGAGUGUUGCAUGAAAAUUGGCUCAGGUUAAUGUUUUGUUUACGAUCUGACAUUUGAUAUUGAUUCUUUGUUUCUUGCUUGUUUAUCCUGCUCAUAUAUAUAUGUGACAUAUAAUAUAAUAAUCAACUAAUAAAAAUUAUAAAAAAGCA